AUGUCCCACCCAAAACUGUUGCCCGAAAUGCUGCCCCAUCAGCGCGCGCUCAUUGAUACCAGUUUUGAAGAGGGCCAGUAUGAAUCCGGUCUCAUUGCAUUUGACCAACUGCGUGUUGCUGCGAAAUGUUACCCUUCACCUGCACUCGUUUCUCAAGUACUGUAUCUAGCGCUUUAUACACCCCCACCGAACGAGCAAAAAGUCACAGAACCAGGAUCUCCAAGUAAGAUGGCAUCUCGACAACAAAGACUCGCCCACAUGCCCACACAAGCCGCAUCAUCCGCUGCUCAGCGGUUGCUUAUGUCACUGAUCACCUCUACCCCUCCGGAAAUCUUGCUGCGAGGACUGCCUUCUUACUCACCGCCAGGUGGUACAGUGCUCAACGAAGAAGCCGAUUCAUACGUAGCAAAGGAAGCUAGAUGCAUUCGGCAAGCUAAAGAUUGUUGGUCCAUCCUAAAGGAGGGAUUUAUUCACGAGACCGCCGCCGCACCUAUCAAAACUCGUUGGCAAAGGCGGCAAUCCCACGACGACCAGGACGCAGCUCACGCGCAAUCUCCUCUUAUAGUUGCUGAGAAUGCUUGGCCCGUGCUGGAAUGGCUCGUCCGACUGUUUCAGGAAGAUGAACUGCGACAUAAUGGUCAUUCCCCUCUGCUUCUUUCCGAGAUCCCCUUGCCACGCGAUAAUACCGGAGCAAGAUGGGAGACCGAUGCCGCCCUGGAUAUAGUCUUCUACUCUCUCUCGCAAACGAGUGAACGACGCCGACACUGCGGCAUUCAACUCUUAACAAUGCUGAUUCGGCUGUGGGCUGCCCGGCACUUGGAUACGCAUAUGUUCAUUGCCUCGGUCUAUAAACGAGUCUCCACAUGUCAGGGGAUCCAGUUACUCGCGCUGUUGGACAAUCUAGGGGCUGUCCCUUCGACGAUGGAAUUCCGAAUCACAAUCUGUCAGAAACUUUUAUCUGAUAUGAGCUUGGAUUCUUCCACUCGUGGCAGACCGAGACCGCAGGCACGCACCCAGCCUCGCGCUAUUCGAGGUGCUCAAAGGAGCCAAACCAUUGUUGAUGCGCCCUCUUCCCCGGCGGCCGGGCCGCCGUCAAGCAUUUUACCCUCGAUGACCAUCCUUCACCUUUUGAGGGACGAAUCUUACACUACGACCGAAGAGCGCCCCAAAUCAUUGAUUGCCCACGUCAAGUUUCACCUACUGAUGGCCUACGGAGCUUACCAAUACGGGCUCAAACCAGCCGACAUUCCUUGGACUCAAGCAUUGCGAUCUGGUGAAAUCCUGGAAACAAUUAACAAUGUCUUCGACCGACUCGGAGACGCUAACGUUCUUGGGGAUACGCUGAAGAUUCACGUAUCCCAAUGGAUCACUGAUAUUUAG